AUGGAUAAAUCCGAAGAUAACAAACACGACAGGUUACAGGGCCCCCGGAAUGGUCAAAUAUGCGCGACUGAAAUAGUCGAUCCGACAUCUAAGACAAUCGCCGCGAACGGGCAAGGGCUGUACCCACCGUUCGUAACGUUACCGAACGAUGCCAUCCCUCGUGAAAUUCCGACUUUGACAAAGCAGAAUGCGGCCUUUGGCAACGAUUUCGCAUCAGAGAGUGAUGAGAAUGCUAGCUCUCAGAUCUCUUCACCAGGGUAUCAUACCAUGCUGGAAGCCAGUUUGGUUCAGCCUUCACGGCAGCCUGCCUUUGAAGUUGCGGCGGGCACGGCUAUGACGACGAUCGAAUCAAGCCAUACGUCAUGGGGACAUGGCGCGCUGGCUGAAAUAAACUCAUCAUAUUUCAGCCAUCCAAAUCGGACGGGCGAAGGUGGCAGAGCUUCUGAGCCCGAGAAUAUCAGGGAAUCCCUUCUUCCACGACUUCAUGAGGGCCUUCUGCCAGCAGUAGGGUCGCCCUUGACCCAUCCAAAUGGAGUCCCAAUCCUUCCAGAUAUGUCAGUUGAGCAGCAAGCUGUAGAGUCAUCAGAGGCCACAGCACAAGCAGAGGGCUCUAUUGAGGUGGACAAUGAUGAGACAGCUUCGGUUCUCAACGCUCCAGAACCGUCUGACGUGGGCUAUGAGACUGAGAAUGCAACAACUGCGAGUACUUCAAUUGGGUCAUCAGUUCGCGACUUCUUGUAUGAGAAUGGGCGAAGAUACCAUCGAUUUAGAGAAGGUCUCUACAACUUCCCCAACGACGAGAUUGAGCAGGAACGAGAGGAUAUGAAGCAUGCGACAGUGAAGUUGCUGUGCAGUCAACGGCUGCACUUCGCCCCCAUUGGGGAGCACCCGCAGCAGAUAUUGGAUGUCGGGACUGGAACGGGCACUUGGGCCAUUGAAAUGGGCGAUCAAUAUCCAAGUGCGACAGUGCUUGGCGUGGAUCUCAGUCCUAUCCAACCGGACUGGGUGCCGCCGAAUGUCAAGUUUGAGGUCGAUGAUGUAGAAAGCCCAUGGUUAUAUCCCAGCAAUCAUUUUGAUUAUAUUCAUUCUCGACAUACCGUCAUGGCAAUCAAAGACUGGAAGAGGCUAUUGGAAAGAUCCUUAGAGCACCUCAAGCCUGGAGGAUGGGUCGAACUGCAGGAGAUACACUUGUUUCCGUUAUCCGCAAACAACUCGCUGCCUGCAACGCACCCGGUUGCCGAGUAUUGGGGGCUUGUGGGUAAGGGACUCUUAAACUUGGGAAUCGACUUGGAGAUGGCGGCAGGUGAUAAACUUCCCAACCUGAUGCGUGAAGCAGGAACGGUACUUCUCGAUGGGCUCCAAGCCAUCGCCCUGGGACCCUUCACGCGGGGGUUACGUUGGUCUGUGGAGCAGACGGAGCUUUUCCUUCUAUCCCAUUGCCUUCAUUCGUCGGUGAUCGAGCUCCAGUCAUACACAAUGACCAAGUCUAAGCCCAAUGCCUGGCCGAAUGUUGAGACUGACGCCCCCAAUGGAACACCCACUACGUCGCACGCAACAAAAGCAACAGGCUCAUCGUCGAGGAUGGCAGAGCUCGCAAAGAUAAUUGCUGUCGAGACUGAAAGGCUGGAGAAGUACAUGACGGAAAAUGAUCUGCCGUUGCCCAGUCUUGAUCCCAACGGCCCUUUGGAUUUUCCAAAGCUUCCUGAAGACAUUCAACAGAGCCGGAUGGAGAUCAUUUUCGCUACCCGAGAGCUAGAAGCCCUGGUGCAUGGGCCAAGAGAGGAUGUUCGAUGGAAAGCUUGGAGUUAUCAAGAUAGUCUCAGUCUUCAGCUCAUCAACCACUUUGGCCUCGCUAAACUCGUACCCAUCGACGGCACCAUCACACUCGCCGAGCUCCAGACGAAGACUCCGCUAGACGCCGUCAAUCUUGCGCGGGUGCUUCGCCAUGGCAUGACGGCCCGCAUAUUCCGCGAACCUUCACCUGGUGUUAUUGCUCACACCGCCGCAUCUCGCCUUUUAGCAGAGGACCAGACACUCCAGGACUGGGUGGGCUACAACCUGGAAGACAACUUUCCUGCCUCUGCCCAUGUGCUCCAGGCUCUCAAGGCCUACCCGGAGGCCACCUCUCUGACGAGGACUGGAUUCAAUGUCGCAUUCAACACCGUGGACAAGGAGCCCAUGUUCGUCACCUUUGGCAAGGACCCUGCUCGCGCUAAGCGUUUCGGUGGUGCCAUGGUCAGUCUUACCGGUGGCGAGGGCUAUGAGGUCAGACACUUGGUCGAUUCUUACGACUUUGGCGAUGUUGACGCUAAGGGGGGAACUCUGGUUGACAUUGGCGGCAGCCAAGGGUUUGUUUGCGUUGAUCUGGCAAAGAAAUGGAAGAACAUGAAAUUUGUUGUGCAAGAUUUGCAGAAAACAAUCGACUCGGCGCCGAAGCCAGUGUCCGACGACGCUCAGAUCGCCAAGCGCGUCGAGUUCAUGGCUCACGACUUCUUCACAGAGCAGGUUGUCAAGAAUGCUGACGUUUACUUCUUCCGAUGGAUCAUGCACAAUUACUCCACCCCUUAUGCUGUCUCCAUACUCAAGAAUCUCGUGCCAGCUAUGAAACCCGGUGCGAAGGUCGUCAUUAAGGACCACUGCCUUCGCGAGCCCGGACAAGAAACCCCAUGGGACGAGAGGAUCAUCCGCAGCAUGGACAUGAUCAUGCUGGCGGUGCUGAACGCUCAGGAACGGGACGAGGAGGAAUACCGGGCCCUGUUCAAGGCGGCGGAUGAGCGAUUCAGAUUCAAGGGUGUCUUGCGGCCAAAAGGGUGCCGGAUGAGCAUUAUCGAAGCCGUGUGGGAUCCCGAAUGGGCCAGGGGCGGGUCUAGAGAUUGA